AUGCCGUUCAAGAGCCUGUUCAGCUCUCGGAAGAGCAAGGAAGAAAAGGCUCACCAACCAGCCGAUUCCGAUAAGAAGAGAAAAGCGAAGCCAAUAUCGAGAUCAUUGCUCGCAAAAUGGUCCAAGCCUCAGCUAACGCCAGGGGUCUACGGCGCAUUUCCAAUCUCAUUCGUCGUGCGGUUCACGACUCCGCGCGACAGUCGCAGCGGCCAGAACCUCUGUCUCGGUGUCGAUUACCACGGCACCUUCAUCCCGCUGAACGCCGUCAUCUUUGACGUCACAAACUGGAGAAACGUCACUCUGCUAUCCACGCCAGAACUGGACUCUGUCCCACUGAGCUAUAUCGGCGAUGAGAAACUCAUGAGGCUUGCCAUCGUGGUGGCCCUUCCCUCACCAGCCGCACCAGAGGUGGAAACCAACCACGUCCAGAGAAUAAGCGUGAUUCCCGGGAAAAGUGGCAAGUUCCGAUUUACUGCAAUGGUGGGCCCAAAGGGGGCGCAAGAGGAAGAGGAAUUCGAGUGGCGAAGUAGCUAUGAGGAGGAAGGGGGAAAGGAUGAGGCUUUGCCCCUCUUCCGUCGGCUGGUACGGCUGAAGACCAGUUCUGAGGGCCGCGAUGAUGUUGUUUUUGAGUAUGCUUCCGAGCUUUGGUGGCGGGACAUGUACGAAGGGAGAACAGCUGGGGCGUGCACCUUCAAGGGUGCAGGUUUGACCGGGGAGCUGGGGCCCAUGUUUACUCUUCUGGCCGUCACGAGUAUCCUCAAGAUCAUAUGUAUCGAAUGGUGGCAGAAGGUGGUCGGGAGACUCAUCGUUCAAGGAACUAAGAAGGUGGCUUUGGGUGUUGCUACAACGGCCGCCGUCGGUGCGAAAAUUACGAUGGUUGGCGUCAAUAUUGCGCUGACAACGGGGGCAUUAUAA